AUGGCCCGGCUCCUGUUGGUUUUCUUCCCAGCGAUCUUUCUGGAGAUGUCUCUUCUCCCCAGGAGCCCCGGCAGGAAAGUGCUGCUGGCGGGAGCCUCAUCUCAGCGCUCCGUGGCAAGAAUGGACGGAGAUGUCAUCAUUGGGGCCCUGUUCUCGGUGCACCACCAGCCUCCGGCCGAGAAGGUGCCCGAGAGAAAGUGUGGGGAGAUCAGGGAGCAGUACGGCAUCCAGAGGGUGGAGGCCAUGUUCCACACGUUGGAUAAGAUCAACGCAGACCCGGUGCUCCUGCCCAAUAUCACCCUGGGCAGCGAAAUCCGGGACUCCUGCUGGCACUCUUCGGUGGCUCUGGAACAGAGCAUCGAGUUCAUCAGGGACUCCUUAAUUUCCAUUCGAGAUGAGAAGGAUGUGCUCAACCGGUGCCUGCCUGACGGCCAGUACCUCCCCCCAGGCAGGACUAAGAAGCCCAUUGCGGGCGUGAUCGGCCCGGGCUCCAGCUCCGUAGCCAUUCAAGUGCAGAACCUGCUCCAGCUCUUCGACAUCCCCCAGAUCGCUUACUCUGCCACGAGCAUCGACCUGAGUGAUAAAACUUUGUACAAAUACUUCCUGAGGGUUGUCCCUUCUGACACUUUGCAGGCAAGGGCGAUGCUUGACAUAGUCAAGCGUUACAAUUGGACCUAUGUCUCUGCAGUCCACACAGAAGGUAGGCAUUACUUUGGGGAAAGAAAGGUACUGAGAAAACCAGAGCAUUGCAUGAUGUGCUCCUGGAAUUCCUGUUUAUUUCUAGUACUGUGA